CGUGUCUAAUCCAGCACCGCUUGAUCGCCGAUAGUUGAUCAGCGCACCAUGAUUUGCCAACAGAGCAAUCCGGAACUCUCAACUCCUUCCAAUGAAAUUACCCCCUCAUUCUUCUAUAAAUUAAAAAUGAUGAUUUUGAAAAUCCAUCCAUCCCCUCUCAUUUCUUGAAACGCUGAGGCAAUGGCGCCCAAAGCAGAGAAGAAGGUAGCAGAGAAGAAGCCCGUGGCGGAAGAGAAAGCGCCGGCGGAGAAGAAGCCAGCCGAGAAGAAGCCGAAGGCGGAGAAACGACUUCCAACCAAGGAAGGCGGUGACAAGAAGAAGAAAAAGAAGGCUAAGAGGAGUUCCGAGACUUACAAGAUCUACAUCUUCAAGGUUCUGAAGCAGGUGCACCCUGACAUUGGGAUCUCAAGCAAGGCAAUGAGUAUUAUGAACUCCUUCAUUAAUGAUAUCUUUGAGAAGCUCGCUCAGGAGAGUUCUCGUCUCGGCCGCUACAACAAGAAGUCGACCAUCACGUCUCGCGAGAUUCAGACUUCUGUACGCCUGGUUCUUCCUGGUGAGCUGGCCAAGCAUGCGGUGUCCGAGGGUACCAAAGCUGUUACCAAGUUUACUAGCAGUUGAAGUUUUGCUGUGGUUGCUUGUUUAAGAGUGACUGAUUAUCUAAUGUGUUUUGGAAUGGAUGGUGUAUGAUAUGUGGGUUUGACUGAAAAACAGUUUUUAAUGUGAAA